GCAACUGCAGCGACAUCGAUUGGCGGCAGUUACAGUCAAGGUAAAAUGGCAGACAAUAGCGACGAGAGAACCAUCGAUGUUUCUAUUAAAAUCGAUGGUAAUAAGCAUAAUUUGAAUGUUAAAUAUAACAGUUCUGUAGAAGAGUUAAAAAAGGAAAUUUCUAAAGAGUGCAAUUUGCCAACCGAUCAAUUAUGUGUGAUAUUUGGAGGGAAGCUUUUAGAUGAUAAUGGAAAUCUUGUUUCUAAUGGAAUUCAAGAAGGUUGUGUCAUUCAUGUAGUGACAAAAACUGCUGUUAGGAGCCAAGAACAAAUUGAACAAGCUUGUGCAAUGACUUCGUCAAUCUUUACUGCUGCUCCAUUUGGACUGGAUUCAGUAGGUGGACUUUCAGGACUUAAUAAUCUUGGAAUGGGAUCUGCUAAUUUUAUGGAACUCCAGCAAAGGAUGCAAAAUCAACUGAUGAACAAUCCUGAGCUUCUACAGCAAAUUGUAGAAAAUCCUUUUGUGCAAAGUUUGAUGUCCAAUCCAGAAUAUAUGAAGCAAUUAAUUUUUAGCAAUUCUCAGAUGCAAGAGUUAAUGUUGAGAAAUCCAGAAGUUAGAAAAUCACUAAACAAUACAGAGUUAUUAAAACAAACUAUGGAAGUAGUAAAAAAUCCUGGGAUGUUGCAAGUAUUAUUGAAAUCACAAGAUAAAAUGUUAAAUAAUGUUGAGAAUUCAUCUGAAACACAAGAAAAACUCAGCGAAGAUAAGAUUGAUGAAACAACAGAUACUACAGAAAAGAAAGAAUUGAAUCAAAGUGAAAUAAAACUGUCACCGUCGAGUCAAGGUAUACUUAAUUCUCCAGCCAUGCAGUCUCUAAUGCAACAGAUAAUUACAAAUCCGAAAUUGAUGCAGAACAUGUUCAAUGCUCCAUAUGUCCAAGCUAUGCUUCAGUUUUUAACAGCAAAUCCUCAAAUGGCUGAAAAGUUUAUUGCCACUCAUCCUGUGUUUUCUGAAGAUCCUAAACUACAAGAACAAAUGAAGCUUGCUAUGCCUAAUUGCUUACAGCAGCUUCAAAAUCCAGAUAUACAUAAUUUAGUUUCAAAUCCAGAAGCCAUGCAAGCUAUUAUGCAAAUUCAGCAAGGCAUGGAUCAGUUGCAUCAAAUUGCACCCAAUGUUUUCAACAUAUUUCCUGGGCAAUCUACAAAAGAAUCUGCAAAUUCCAAUGUUACAAAUUCACCAUUAAGAGGCAGCUUUCAAGAUUCAUUUAAAAAAUUUAUGGCAAGUAUGGUCACUGCAAUGGCACAAAAUGAAGUAACAAAUCCACAGUCAGAAGUGAAAUAUUGUGGUGAACUAGAACAGUUAUCUGCUAUGGGAUUUUUUAAUAAGGAUGCUAACUUACAAGCAUUAAUUAGUACUUCUGGCGAUGUUAAUGCGGCUGUAGAGCAAUUGCUAAAAUCUCAGCAAUAAAUUUACAUUUAAUGAAGGCUCUGUGAUCACGGCUGCUCUAUUGCUCAAAGCACCAUCAAGCAUUUGCUGAAUAUAGGUAAUCCAAAAGAAUGGUUUCUGAUACAGAAACAUGCUAAGCAUUGCCAAAUGUAAAUUAAAUUUAAAGUGAUAUAAUUCUAUAAACUUGUCAUCUGUAAUAUUUUUCAUUUUGUUCAGUUCAUAUUUUUAAAUUCAUGUACUCGUCUAUUGUCGUCUUUCACUCAUUUUAUGCAUUGAACAAAUUUUUGUACAUAUAUAAAAUUUAUCAGGACUUAUAAAAUGUGUGAAGUAUAACAAAAUUCAUUAAAUAUACGGCUAUAUAAGAUUGUAUAAUGUGCUAAUUCUAUAGUUAUUCAUAUAAUGAUAUUUAUUAAAUUAUAAUCCAUCGAGUGUUAAAAAUAUAAAUUUACAAAUGAAUGUAUUCUGCCACUGCCUGUACCAACAAUUAGAAUUAUAAUAAAAUGCAUCAUGAAA